AUGAGUUCUCUAUCCCAAGAAAUACCAUCUUCAGCAAUGAGAUCAGAAACCCAAAUAAGGUUAGGGGAAGAGGGUGUUUUGGUUAACAGGGGUGCUGGUUUAGGAAAUGAGGAACUGGAUUCAGCUAAUUUUGCCUGUCUUCUUGUCCACUUUUUCCCGGGUUGGUGGGUUACUGGGCUAGGGAGAGGGGCUAUAGCAAGUGGAGGUGUGGAGAGUGAGAAGUCCAUGGGUUGGUCAACGAAAACUGUGUUUGGGUUUUGGAAGUCAAGGAGUAAAGAUUUGCUUGAGGCUUUGGUUUUGUCUAGUUGGAGUAUUAGCUGGAGAGCAAGAGAGGGAGAUGGUAAUAAGGCUUUAGAGGAGGAAUCUAUUGGCUUGGAUGAUUGUACAGGGGAGUUGCUGGUACCUACUUCUGGGGUAUUUUUAGAGGUUGAAGUCCCCUGA